GUUUAAUGAUGUUUUAUGGAUAAUUAUAAAAGUUUUUGAAAGUAAACAAAACAAAACGUAAAUAUUUUGUGAUUAAAAGGAACGUAAACGACUCAGAACUUGAUAGUGAAGUGUUAUUUACUUAUUUGUGGUGUGGCGUAGAGAGUCGCAAAUGGGGCUGGGGCUUAUUGUUUUGAGGCGCUGAUGGUCGGAAGACACGAUGGAGCGGCGCGAGGAGUUGCAUCGGCACUGCAGCGUCGCCAAGCAGACCAUCCUCACGACUCACCCCAGCGGCCUGCAGACGCGGGUCUCCGUCGAGCUCGCCAACUUCGACGCGCUCUGUCUGCACUCCGAGUGCAAGGCGAAGAAACCCAUCUGGGACAGCCCGUUCCUCAACAGAAGAGGAAUUCUCGGAGGUGUCUCCGGGCAUUCCACCCCGGUGUUAGGUAGAAGGAGUGAUGCGGUAAACGAGGGGAGGCUGUCGCAGCAAUGCACGCCGGUGAUGCGGCGGCGGGAGGUGGCCAGCCCAGGGGGGUCACCGCUACCAACGCGUCGCGACAUGGAUGACGAGGAGUGCUGCGAGGUGGACAACAGCGUCAUCAGCGGCUGGCUCAAGUUCCGAGACAACAAGAGGUGGAAGUCCCGGUGGGGAGUCGUCACGAAAUUGUCGCCAGCCGCAGGUUAG